CUCUGCUUCAGUGCUGGUGUAAAGUGUGGACUCACAGGAGGUGGAAUGGGGGAGGUAAAGAAGGACAAGGAGGAGGCUGCUGCUGCUGGGAGUGGGACAGUGCAGUACUAGGGAUCUGCUUCCUGGAAUCCGCAGAACAGCACCACCUGCCUCCCUUUGUCAGGAAAAUCUCUGGACCCUGGACCCCGGAGGAGAAGAUACACUAUUGCUGCAGUCCGUGUCUGUGGGGUGUUACUGGAGUGGAGGGCAGGACUGGGCAGCGUGUGAGGGGGACAGCACCGGAGGAGGAUCUGGAUGGUGCAGGAUCUGUGUUAGUUAUGAACUCCCGGCUGCGUGCUUUGGGUGGAAGGAUCAACAACAUUCGAGCAGCUGAACUUCCGAAGGAGAAAAAUAGGUCAGAGGUGGUUUGUAAUGUCCUUUUCUUGGAUGGCUCUCAGCAAUGCUUCAGAGUAAAUAAACAAGACACUGGCCAAACAUUGCUGGACUUGGUCUUCCAUCACUUAAGUGUAAAAGAGAGAGAAUAUUUUGGACUCCAACAUAAUGAAGACUCGUUAGAUUUGCAUAGAUGGCUUGAACCCAGCAAACCAAUUAGAAAACAACUGAAAGGUUUUCCAUGCUGUCUUCUCUUCAGAGUGAGAUUUUUCAUACCAGACCCCAACACAUUACAGCAGGAUCAAACAAGGCACUUAUAUUUCUUGCAAUUAAAAAAUGACAUUUUACAGGGAAGGAUAGCCUGCCCAAUGAAUUCAGCUGUUGUUCUUGCAUCAUAUGCUGUACAAUCUGAGUUUGGAGAUUACAAUUCUUCCGUGCAUCUACCAGGACACCUUUCAAAUAAAACUUUUAUUCCCGAUCAAGAUAAUGAUUUUUUAAGCAAAGUUGAAUCUCUCCACAAUCAACACAGUGGUCUUGGACAAACGGAAGCAGAGUCAUGCUACAUUAACAUUGCAAGAACACUUGAGUUCUACGGAGUUGAAAUGCACAGUGGUAGAGACCUUCAUAACUUAGACCUACUAAUUGGAAUUGCUUCAGCAGGCAUAGCCGUGUAUAGAAAACAGAUAUGCACCAGUUUCUAUCCAUGGGUAAACAUUCUGAAAAUCUCUUUCAAAAGAAAAAAGUUUUUCAUUCAGCAACGUCAGAAACAUAAUGAAUGUAGAGACCAGAUUAUCACCUUCAAUAUGUUGAACUAUCGUGCAUGUAAAAACCUUUGGAAAUCGUGUGUGGAACAUCAUACAUUUUUUCAGACAAAGAGAUCACUGCCUCAGGAAAAAAAAUUGGUAUCUAAUUACUGGACUCUGGGUACAAUUAACCAUGCCAAGUCUGCCAGUAGCCAGCUCUGCAGAAAAGUUAUCGGUGGCAUGGUAUGGAACACAGAUUUACGAAGAUCUGUGUCGGCGGAACACCUUGAGACAAAAAGCCUUCCUUCUCGCUCUCCUCCUAUUACGCCAAAUUGGCGGAGCCCUAGGAUGCGUCACGUUAUUAGGAAGCCUCAGCAUUCUUCUGCUGACAAUCUCGUUAAUGAAAUGACUUAUGUAACGGAGACAGAAGAUGUGUUUUACACUUACAAAGGCUCUCCAACCUCAAAAGACAGCGAUUCAGAGUUAUUUCAUAACCACAGUCCAAGGAGUAGGUCAUCUGAUCAAGACUCUCCGAGGAACCUGUUGGAACAUAGUCCAAAAGAAAAUAGCUUGUCCCAACAAGGUUCAUAUCCUUCUUCUCCCAAUGGGUUGUCAAAUCACUCUUCAUCAUCUCAUCCACUUGAAGGCGUGGAUAAGAAGUUUCUAGAAACCUAUGAUACCAUCAAGAAAGGAAACUCAACAGAUGAUUCAAACCAGUACUACUGUGAUAAGAAUGAACUUACCAAUGGAGAUUUGCUCUUGGUCCGUAUCACACCAGAUGAAGAUGGCAAAUUUGGAUUCAACCUAAAGGGUGGUGUUGACCAGAAAAUGCAGUUGGUGGUAUCCAGAAUUACAGCAGAAUCACCUGCAGACAAGUGUACUCCUAAACUUAUGGAAGGUGAUCAAAUUGUGCUGAUCAAUGGUCGUGAUAUCUCGGAGCAUACUCAUGAUCAAGUGGUUAUGUUUAUUAAAGCCAGCAGAGAGUCCCAUACAGGAGAACUUGCCUUACUGGUUAGGCGGAAAGUUGUAAAGCCUUUUGGUGACAUAAAAAUAGAAGAUGAGGCUGAAUUCCAACAUUUUCCACCAAUAAUUCUUCCAACGGAAUAUUGUGACACACUGCAAGGGUCAAUGGAACAGCUUACUAAGGGCCUUGAAACCGGAGUUGUCCUUAUUCAGUUUGAGCAAUUGUAUAGAAAAAAGCCUGGGCUUGCUAUUACUUGUGCGAAGACAGGUCAAAAUAUGGAUAAAAACAGAUAUAAAGAUGUUUUACCUUAUGAUGCAACCCGAGUACUUCUACAUGGAAGUGAAGACUACAUUAAUGCAAGCUAUGUGAAUAUGGAGAUCCCGUCCUCUACUAUAGUAAACAAAUAUAUUGCUACUCAAGGACCCCUACCACAUACAUGUUCACAUUUCUGGCAAAUGGUUUGGGACAACAGGUUAUCACUUUUAAUCAUGUUGACAACAUUAACAGAAAGAGGAAAGACCAAGUGCCAACAGUAUUGGCCUGAUCCUCCUGAUCUGAUGGAGUAUGGAAAUUUCAGAGUGACUUGUAACUCUGAAGACUGUACAAUUGCAUAUGUUUUCAGAGAAAUGAAAGUAACUAAUAUGGAGACUGGCGAAGAGCUACCAGUUUCUCAUCUACAAUACGUGGCUUGGCCUGAUCACGGAGUACCUGACGAUUCAUCUGAUUUCCUGGAAUUUGUACUUUGUGUAAGGCAAAAGAGAGAGCCUAAUCAACCAGUCCUUGUACACUGCAGUGCUGGAAUAGGUCGUACUGGUGUCCUGAUAACCAUGGAAACAGCAAUAUGUCUGAUUGAACAAAACAAACCCGUUUAUCCUUUGGAUAUUGUGAGGCAAAUGCGAGACCAGCGGGCUAUGAUGGUUCAGACAUCUAGUCAAUACAAGUUUGUUUGUGAAGCCAUUCUCCGUGUUUACAAAGAUGGAUUAGUGCAACCUUUGCAUUACAGUUGAUGUGGUGUAUCAUAAUAUCCAAGGGACUUCCACAAAGAGCAGCAAAAUGUCUCAGAAAGAUGAGCACAUUAGUGGCACUUUAAUUUCUGUAAAGGAGUUUUAAAUUAUGAACAUAAAGAAAAUGUAUAUACUGUUUCAUGUAUAUAUGUCUAGAACUGUGUAUGAAUCAUUUACAUGUUUUGUAGACAAAAUUGUAUAAUUACAGAAACACUAAAAAAAAAAAGUUCUGCCUUAUAAUCAUUUUCAGAAGUGGAGUGUAACUUCCAAGAUGCUUGAGUUUAACUACUAUUGACAAUAGUCACUCUACCUUAAGAACUUGGGAUACAAAGGAAAAUAGAGUAGGCCAAGCACAUUAUUUAUAGAACACUAUUUUUGUAACAUUUUCAUGAUUCAGAGAGUGCCAAAAAUAAGAUAUAUCUUCUAGGAAUCUUGCACUAAAUUUCCACAUUGUAUAUUUCAAUUGUAUAAGCUGUGCAUUGCUAUGUAUUGUUAUUUAGAUCACAUUUAUGGCACAAAUUAUUACAGAACAUGUUGUUAUUUCCUGUAUUUUUUUUUAUAUAUAGACCUAGCUUCCUAUAUAAUGCAAGGCUAAUGCUGCUCCUCACCUCUAUAGGGGGAAUUCAAGUGAUUAGUUACUCCCUUCAGGCGUGCACAGCCGACGCUGACAUUACUGUUAUAAUGUUAUGUCAUUUUGACGGACUAGUAUACAUAUAAGACAUUAAAGUUAAAUUAACUAUAAGUUGAAGACAUUCGAGUUCAUUUACAAGUAUACCAAUAUGUAAUACAGGUUGAGUAUCCCUUAUCCAAAAUGCUUGGGACCAGAGAUAUUUUGGAUAUGGGAGUUUUCCGUAUUUUGGAAUAAUUGCAUACCAUAAUGAGAUAUCAUGGUGAUGGGACCUAAGUCUAAGCACAGAAUGCAUUUAUGUUACAUAAACACCUUAUACACACAGCCUGAAGGUCAUUUAAUACAAUAUUUUUAAUAACUUUGUGUAUUAAACACAAUUUGUGUACAUUGAGCCAUCAGAAAACAAAGGUUUCACUAUCUCACUCAAAAAAGUCCAUAUUUCGGAAUAUUCUGUAUUUCGGAAUAUUUGGAUAUGGGAUACUCAACCUGUAUGCCUAUUUACCCAGGCUCAUUAUGGUUUUUUAGACUGCCGUUGGCAGGUCACUCCACGCUUAUGUUUAUGAAAUUAUGGAUUAUCAAAAGAGUAACAUCACCUCAAAUCUGAAUUCUACCACCCUUUAGGAACAUAUUUUUCAUGAAACUUUCAAAUAUUACUCAUAUCAGGCUCAUGUAAGUCUUAAUAUAUGAAAGGGUAUAGUCCGACUGUCAUAUUUGUGUGUAUUUGACAUUUUUAGUACAUUAUUAUUUGUGGACCUAUACAGAUGUGUCCUCCUACAUCUUGCCUCAUGUCGCCAUGCCGCAGGAUUUGCCAAGUGUGAGUGAGCUGACAGGCCCCGUAAACUCUGUUAGUGUUGGGCAUCUUUUUUAGCCGAAAAUGCAUCUUAUUCACAUCGCUAUGUGAAUAGCAUGCACAAGAAGACUCUGCUCAUUAAAAUGAUUUGCCUAUAUUCUCUGUGCGUCUCUGGCAGUAGCUGCAUACGAAAAGGUACAUUUCAGUGUUUUGUAGGAAAACACUGUAACAUACUAUUUCGUAUGUAGCUACAACCACGGUCACACACAGAAUAUAGGCAUGCCACACAGCAUUUUAAUCAGCAUAAGUUGCUUGUGCAUCCUAUUAACAUUGUUUUUGCAAAUAAGAUGCAUUUGUAAGUGGACACAUCUGUAUAUGCACAUACUGUACCAAUAUCAAAUGCUCCUGGACAUUAAAAAAUCCUUCUCAUUGAAAGUAUAUAACAGUUGUCUAUUAAAACUCCUGAGCAUCUUUUGAAAGAUGCUCCUUGGCCAUCCAGGAACCAGUAAGUGCAUUUUCAUUCAAAUAUCUUGUUCAACAAGACAAUAUCAUUUUUUUGUGUGUGUGUAUUUGGCAUCAGGUUGGAAAAACAUUAAUGUGCCCUGUCUGCAUGUAGCAAGUAAUGCCCAACUAGUCCUAUAAGCAGAACAUUUUGCAGCUGCAGGUAAACCUCAACAUCUGGAAAUGCAGAUAUAUGUGCUUCAUGUUAAAGCAGUUACAUUGCCACAAAAUAGACAUAUCAUGUCACAAUACAGCAAAUGCAAAGCUGGGUGCAAUUGCACAUUCAUUAAUAAUGUAAUGUAGUGCAAUGAAACUUUCAUUUUGUUUUUUUCUAAAAAUAAAUCAAUCAGACUAUGAUAAAAACACAGGCCACUGGGGCACAUUGUUGUCUCAUUUUUUAUGAAGAAUUGCACUAUUUUUCAAAAUCUCGCAUUGUGAUUCGAGUCUAAAGUACUGUAUACUAGCACAGUGCUAAGAUGUAUAGACUGCACCAGCUGGUCAGUCCAUGGAUUUCAUAUAACCUUUCACUGAUUCUUGUGCAUAUUGGUAGUCCUGAGGAUAUACUGUAGAAGAAUUCUAUUUUGUGAGCUAAUAUGGGUUAGGUCAGAUUCAUAAAAAUACAGGCACGUGAAGAAACUGUUUAAUUGAGUUUCUACAGUGUGUAGGUUAUUGAAGCAUGUACAAAAUGUGUCUGUUGUCAUGUAUCAUUGACGUCCCAGGAUACUGUAGUAAGAGAAUGUAAGAACUGGGGAUAUUAGUAAAAUCAAAGUUCUUGUUGAUGUUUGCAGGGUAUUUGUAUGUUAAUCAAUAGACCUUGGUAUCUGGCCAAUAUUGUCAUUUACAUGCACUCAAUUUUAUUUCACAUUUUAACAGAACAUUUUUGAAAUCUCCAUAAACAUUUAUGGAUAGAUAUUAAGUGGUUUAUUUACGAAGAGUCUAGUUUUGAAACCCGACACUUCUGAGCAUGUUUGUCCAAUUUUUUAAAACCUGACAAUUUUAUAACCCGACUCUUUGUAAAUAAACCCCUAAGUGUCUUUUGCAUCAAGACAGCGCAAGAACUGUUUACUGCUUUUUUUUUUUUUAUUGAAGGAAUGGUUCCCAUCUACUGUACUUGUUACAUUAGUAAACAAGAACUCCAUCCAAAGCUAUGUGUUUAUUGGUGGUGCUUGAAUAUACUUUUAAACGAAAGAAAUAUGUCCAAAAUGUAAGAUUAAGCAUUCCCAAAGUCCUUAACUGUCUAGCACCAGUCAACUGAUUUGCUGAUUCCCUUUUAAUAACUCCUUGCAUGGGAUUUAAAAGAGGAGAGACCAAUGGCAUAUUAACAA